GCAAAGCCACCGGAGUCUAAGAGAUGGAUGGAUCUCAUUGAUCUUUUCUUGUUGCCGGCCACGAGUUCUCAAUCACUAAUCGUCUUGAAACCGUCGCGUCAACUAGUUCGGCCAAGUUCGUUGUAAAGAUUUUGUGCAUUUGUUUUUUUUUUGUUUUUUCAAAGCUCCUGCAUCAGUCCAAAUUGUUUUCAGCUUGUUAUAUCCUUAACAUUAAACGAGUGCGGCUUUAUUGUCUACUAAAAAACGGUGUACGGCUCUCAGCGCGUCAAGCUUGUAAUCUCUUGAAGACUACCGAAAGACAACACAAUGAUACUGAGACUAUUGCUUGUAUCGUGUGCAGUGCUGGCGUGCAACAUGGCCGAAGAAGUUGACGUGGUCGAAGCGGUUUCGGGCACACAACAAGCCAUCGAUGAACUCUUACAAGCCGACCAACAACACCAACCGGCAGCGGCUUCGGCUCAAAACCGGGAAGACGUGGAGACGCAUAAUCCGGACCAAUUGGCUCUGGAAACGGGCGACAUCGGCGACCAGGACACUUCCGGAUCUAUUGCCAAGCACAACUUCCUGAAGCCGCAAGCGGCUCCGUCCCGCGGCCACCCGUCAUUAAGUCGCGGUCCGUCGCAGCUGCCGCCGCAGCCGCCGCCACCGUCCGGCAAGUACCACCACAGCGUAUCGUACCACGGUCCGCAGCCACCUCCCCCGCCUCAGGUUCAACACGCGCCUCAGCCGCAACAACAGCAACAGCCACAGUCCGAAGCCAUGGACAAGGUGUACUCGGCCGGUCCCGUUGGCAACGCGCUAGGCGAUCCGUGGCCGACAAGCGCGUCCGCCGACAUGCCCAAGAUCGUGUCGCUGGACGUCAAGUGUGAGAAGAACUCGAUGAAAGUGUUCCUGGGCUUCGACAAACCGUUCUUCGGCAUCGUGUUCAGCAAGGGUCAUUACAGCAACGGCAAUUGCGUGCACCUACCCGCCGGCCUGGGCCGCACUUCUGUCAACUUCGAGAUCAGUAUACACGCGUGUGGCACAACCGGCAACACCGAAAACGGUUUGUACGGCUACGGCGCCGACUCUGGGUCUGGCACGUACUUCGAGAACAUCGUCGUCGUCCAGUACGAUCCACAAGUCCAAGAAGUCUGGGAUCAAGCGCGAAAGCUCCGGUGCACGUGGCACGACCAAUACGAAAAGUCGGUAACCUUUAGACCGUUCCCGGUGGACAUGUUGGACGUGGUUCGCGCCGAUUUCGCCGGAGACAACGUCGGCUGUUGGAUGCAAAUACAAGUGGGUAAAGGACCUUGGGCAUCCGAAGUUUCUGGGCUAGUCAAGAUAGGUCAGACAAUGACCAUGGUGUUAGCGAUCAAGGACGACGACUCGAAAUUCGACAUGCUCGUCCGCAACUGUAUGGCUCACGAUGGCAAGAGGGCACCCAUCCAAUUGGUCGACCAGAAGGGAUGCGUGACCCGCGGAAAACUCAUGUCCCGGUUCACCAAGAUCAAGAAUUUCGGCGCCAGCGCUUCUGUGCUGUCGUACGCACACUUCCAGGCUUUCAAAUUCCCCGACUCGAUGGAAGUGCACUUCCAGUGUACCAUUCAGAUCUGCCGGUACCAGUGCCCGGACCAGUGUUCCGACUCAAACGCCAUACUAAACGCUCAGCACGGCAACCUGUUGUCCGCGCAUCAUCCGGCCGUGCCUGAAUACGGACCGCCUUCGCCUCCGUUGGACGUGUACGCCCGCGUCGGUUCCGCGGCCCACCCGCGCGACGAACGCAGAUUCAGACAACGACACCGGAGGGCGGUCACCGAUGAAGAAGAGGUCGGCGUCAACCGCAUCAUCAAAGUGGUGUCCACCGGCGACUUGACGUUCGCCCUGGAAGACUCCAACAACUCUACCACAAUGGUGUUCCCCACGCGGACUGUCGACCCGUCUUCCAUGAUAUGCAUGACCACGGUGGGCUUCUCGGCCACGCUGGUCGUGCUGCUCGGCAUUCUGUUGGUGUCCUGUCUGGUGUCCGCCUACCUGUGCCUGCGCAUCAGGUCACUGCCGCAGAGACGGAAAAACGCUCAGGUCGCCCGCACCAAUCCCACUCUGCAGGCCGUCCAUAAAACGAAGGCCAUGCACCAGGUGUUCACGUGAGUGCCGAUCAACACCGUUUACCGGUAAACACCGACAGUUAUUAUAUAAAAAGAGGUACACGCGCCCGCAUUAAACCAAAGCCUUAUUAUGUCCCUACCAGAAAACGUCACAUAUGUGCGAUGACGAUUAAACGGUGUUAUACACCGAGUUAAAAUUAACCGUUUUUUUACAAAACACAUAAUAAUAAAAUCCGUACUUACCCGUUUAAACGAGAAACAUUAGGCGUUUCUAAUUCCAAUUUAUUUUUAAUACUAUUUUUAUUAUUCGAUAUUUAGCGCUUAAAAAAGCUAUUCAACGAACCGGCACUCUUCUGUCGUUAACAUAAUUGUCCCUAUAUAAUAUUAAUAUAAUCUCCAUUUUUUUCAUAUAUAUUAUAUAUAUAUAUAUAUAUCAUCCUAACUCACCUCUCUCGUUUAUUGCACCGUGGACAUAUUUGACGGCCACCAUAUAAAAUCCAUCCCGGCCUCUACAACGUCUCGUCUCGGUCUUUACGACUUUAUCUAUUAUCAUAUUUUAUUCGAAUUUUAUGUGCCAAAAAAAAAAACCGCGAGCCAUUCACACGUUUACCCAAUCUUAGAAUAAA